UCUUGUAUAUGUGAAAAUAAAAAUGACAGCAAAACUGAUAAUUAAUAAAAAAAGAUCCUGUUACGCACAAGAAACAUAUCGAGUAUUUGUAAUGAGUUUCUUGAAGAUAACGUCUGGAAAAAAGAUGAUUUUUAUUUAGGCAAAAUAUGAUCAAGACAAACCGGUACCGGUGACCAUUACUGGUAUUGCAUUUUUGAUGCCAGCUACACACCUGUUCCCGACUAUACGCAAUGAGACGCAAAAUGUUUUUUUUCCAGGAUGAAAGCAAAAAUACCUAUCUUUUUCUGCGUUCUUGGUAAUUCUGGCCAAUGCAUUCUCCUUAGCUCACCUACGAUAUCCGUACUUCACCUGGAGACAUAAGUCUUUCUUUUUUAUGAUCAGAGAAGGUUUUUUGCUAUGCACUUUUUUGUUUUUUAUUGUCGAGAAAACGAGUAGUCAACACAGGUGUAUAGCGGUGUUUAUGUUAAGCAGUGUAGGUUCACGUGUUAUUGUUGCAUUACAGCUUACUCAACUACUAUACUCUCUAGUUAUUUCUUAUUAUGAUCAGUAUUGCGAUUCAUGACUAAGAUGCCCAUAUCUAUCGGAUAAGCAAGAAAACACAAAUGAAAAUAGCCUAGUAAAAUCAAGGAUUUUAUUCAACUUUUUAUAUAGUCUCUAACUCAAGGUCUCUCUCUCUAUGCUCCAAUGGAAAUAAUCCGAACUAUAUUUCUCUCUCUUUGUGCUCCAAUGCAAAUAAUCCGAAUAAUCCGAAAUUUUCUCAGAAUUUCGAAAUCUUUCUUAUUUACAUAAAGCUUUUGCUUCUAAUAACUGUUUCAGAGCCGAAAAAUCUGACCGGAAUCAGCUCUGAAAUUUCGGAAAACUCAGUCCUGAUUUCGUAACCAGAUUCACAACUGAAUGAAAGCUUCUCAUAAAUUUCAUCUCUCAAUCAGAACAUACAUUUUAAUGACAUCUGAUUCAGUCCUAAUAAAACUGUAUAGCCGAUUCAGCUUUUAGGACGAAAGGAAUGUAUAUUUUUUAUCAAACUGAAUAUCUGAAAAAGGUCGUCUUUCUUGAGCAAACAGAUAUAAAAAAGCAACGCUAAAUAUCUGAUGACACAUUAUGUAGAAAGAAACCCGCAACGUAUCAGAAACUAAAAAAAGACAAUGAACGCUAUUGCUUAAAAUCUUCCAACCAUCUAGGAGUUUGGAUUUGCUGAUGCAAAUCUGAUUGCUAAUUUAUUUUCAAACUUUACACAAUAGGUUUUACCAUGUAUUUUUUUGUGGAAAAAGACACAAAAUUUCGUCAGAUUUUUCAAUAAGAAUGAAAAAAGAAUAAAUUUGACGAAAUUUUGUCUUUUUGCACAAAAAAAUACAUGGUAAAACUUAUUGUAAACACAUCGAAUUGUGCAUUAUUAUAUAUAUCCAGUGCAGCAGUAUCGUAUAUGUUCAAACAAAUUAAUUCAAGUUGCCUUUUCGAUUUGAAUAAACGAGAAAUGUUUAUGAAAUUCAUUUAAUUUGAACAGAAAAAACAAAUAAAGAUAGAAAAAUGUGAAAAAAAUAUUUUUUUCUUUUUCUUUUUCUUUCAUACCAUAUAAAAAGCAUAUAAACUGAAUUAACACAAUCAAAAAUUUGUUAUGGUUCGUCACUAGUUUUGAAAAUAUAUUUCUGACUUUUUUUUUAAAUGUUUUUUCUUGUUUAUUUGUUGCUCUUCUUAAAUGAUAAGCUUGUCAGAUUUAAUAUGUUAAAUAAGACUUUUGAUUCAAUGAUGAUCGCAGCAUUGAUAUUAAAGAAUUAGUUUUAGAUUUGAACAGACAUGCAGAGUUACAGUUUACCUCGGAAUAUCAGUCAAAAGAGGGUGAGGGUGAUCCCAACAGAAACUUCAUUAAUCAAAGCUGUAAGAUUGGAUACGCCAUCUAUCGAAAAAAAGCUUUAUAGUUUUUUGAUGGUUUUUUUGUUUUAAACUUCUUUUAUAUUACUGAAUUGUAGUUGAUAGUUUGGUCUUUAAUAAUAUACCUUUAGUUUUAGCCUAUCAGUUAGGUUUCUGCAUAACUCAUCACGAUUUUUUCUGUAUACUGACCUACGACCUCUUUUUUCUCAGUGUCAAAUUGGAUUGAAUAAUAUAAAAUUUUGCCAAACGAAGCAGUAGUGGAAACGUAACUAAAUAGCUAAGAAAAUUUUGUGGUGGCAUGCUUCAUUUAUAGACAGAAAACAAAACAUUUUUAAAAAAACGUGAUUUCAAACUCGUUGUAUACUGACCUUUUUAAACUUAUUUUGUCAUUAUCUCCAUGACAGUUGAGCUGUUUGACUCAAAACUUAUUAUAUAAGUAGACACCCGAAGUGUGAGCUGCUGAAGAAAAAAUCAGCUCAACAUAUUGUGUUGUUACAGAGGGAAAUUGAAAUAACUGAAAAAUGUAUACUGACUUGAAUAAUCCAUAUAUUUGAGUCAGAGCUUCAGAAAAGUUGGGCUUAUUAGAUAUCAAUCGAUUCCACUGAUCACUUUUGAUCGAUGAUAACCUUCUUUCCUUAUGUGUCGGCUUUUGCGCUGAAGUAAGAUAAGUGCAAUAGAACUUCAGAUAGUUCUUAUAUAUAGUAGAUCAUUUUUUUUCUAACUAUGUCAAACUUACGAAUAAAUCCUCUUGGUUGUUGUUCAUUUUUACUUAUAUUUGUCUGUACAACUGUGAGCAGUAGAUUUAUGUCAGCAAAUUUCACUUGAUUCUAUUGAGUAGAACUCUAUAAAGUCAUGUUUUCGGAUCGGAAAAUCUUCUUUUGCGAUAGAAAAAGGGACAGGAAAUUGAUGGAUUGGUUCAAUUGAAAAAGAUUUCCAUGUGGGAUGAGUAUUGAGAAAAAUUCUUCUAUGAUAGUAUUAAUCAUUUACUGUUGAAUACAUUCGUGUGCCAUUUUCGAUCUUUACUGUUAAUAUAAUUUUUUGAAAUGUUUUUAAAAACUUUCGUUCAAUAUCGUAGAAAUUUUUUUGUUUUUUUUAUAGACAUUAUUAAUUCUGAAAUAAGUGGUGUAUAUUCAACAUGUGAUAAUAUUGUUGUUCAUGAACGUCAUCAUCAUCAACUAAAUUCAGUUAUACAAAAUAUUAUAUUUAUUGACACAAAUAUAGUAAUUCAUCAUUUAAAUAAUCAAGUAUUAAAUCGUUUAAGAACAGAUGAAAGUUAUAUUUUUUAUGUUUGUAGAACAACAUUUAAUGAACUUGUUAAUCAAGGGAGAUGUCUUAAUUUAUAUGAUGAAGGUAUAAAUAUAUUAAAAACUCCAGGAUUAUCAUAUGAUAGAAAACGUAUGAUCUAUGAAGAUUAUUAUAAAAAUGUAUUAGAAAAUCGGAUACCAACGAAAAAUGGAGAAUUAUAUGAAGAUUAUAAUCUGUAUUAUGAACAAUAUAAAUCAUCAUUUCAUAGUGAUAACAAUGAUUUCUAUACAUAUAUCUCGAAUGUGCAUUAG